CGUAUCUCCAUAUAGACUUCUUAGACUUUCAGCCCUUUCACUAAGCAUCUUCUUAGUUGAUCGCCCUUAACUCCUUAAAGGUGAGCCAGGAAAAAAAAAAAAAAGAAAACUCCAAAAAUACCAUCGUGUCCUCUUCUCCCGGCGAGGAUUCCCCUCGCAUCGUCUUUCCCAUCAGGCAUCCUUGGAUUUCCCCCCCGCGGGUUGUGCCUCGGUUACACGAUGUGGAUCGUCGACUGAAAUGUGUUCGCGAAGAGAUGGAGUGAUGGAGUUGGACUAUUUCGACUGACAGCCCUGCUUCAUUAGACUCAUCUCUAUACACCAUGGCCUCCAUGCAACAAUCUGGAAAUAUUCAAAUGUUCCCCACCGACGGCGGAGGCUGUCGUCCUCCUGGUAACAACGCUGUCGACAACUCAAGACCCCUCGACCCCCGUACUUCGCUCGAAGACUACAACCGCGUCAUGCUCGAAUACACUCAGCGUCGAAUGUCCACCUUUAUGGAGAUGGAAGAAGGUAGUGCUUCGCCUGUCAGCCGCAGCAGUCGUGGCAGCAACACCAGCGGUAACAGUGGUGCUUCGGCCAGCGGCGUGCUGGCUCGUCAGGCUGCUGCUCCCACAUCUGCAGGCCCUCCCAGCUCCUAUGGCUCCGAAGAAAGCAGUCCACCCGGGAAUACUGCUGGCUCCAAGCCAGCGUUUUGAUCGCCCAUCUCAUUUCGACAUGUUGGUUGUUUGACACGUUAUAUGAUCCGAUCGAUACCACUUUGCAUACUAGCGCCUUGACAUAUUUAUAUAACGCCCCCGAUACACGACUGGCGACCACGUUUCAUGUUUCAUGUCGACAACCAACCGGUUUAUAGAGGAGGUGGCAGCCCUCCAUGUGGAG